AUUUGGUCAGUGGGCCGCCAACCCUUACGCUGACUGGACGUGGUUUCAGUUGCUCCUGCGAAACGGCGCGGGACGUCUUUCUCACGGGAGCCAGGAAGAUCCUGACGCUGCGUGAGGCAACGUGCGAAGAGCCCUUGUUUGAGCACCCUUCCUGAUCCUUCUCGAGGAUGACCAAAAAAUCCAAUCAGGCGGCAGCGAGGGACGGGGGACGAGCCUCGCUGGACGACAAAUCCAACGCGGACAGAAAUCAGAACGACUCCAAAGGAGGGUCGUUCGCCGGGAAGUACCAGCUGCGCCCCCGCUCCCUGCAUUCCCGCCGCCGAUGCGACGCCGACUGGAACAUCCAGGACAAACGGAAGCCCAAGUCACGGCCGGCGCCUCUUUCCAAGUACCGCAGAAAGACCGCUAACACGCGGGAGCGGCACCGCAUGCGGCAGAUCAACUGCGCCUUCGAGAAAUUACGCGAAAUGCUCCCGCGGUGCAGUGCCAGCCGCCGUGGAGCCGCCUCCGACAUGACCAAGUUCACGACGCUAAGACUCGCCUCCGCCUACAUCAAGGCGCUCCAGGAGAUCCUGGACGCCAACACUCGGCAGGACGCGCCGGACGAGGUGUUCCUCGACGACCACCCCGCCAACUCGGGCCGCCAGGACAGCUGUUCGUGGCUGCUCCCGCCCAGCCUGGAGGACGACGCGCCCUUCUUCCCGGAGCCGCAGCUGGAGCUCUACCCCGACAGACCCGUGAGACUGCCGCAGCACCGCCAGGACGACGACGGCGCCGUCACGGACUCCGAACUCGCAUCCCUCCUCUGUGACUCCUCGGACUCGGGCGUCUUCGAGGACAACCUCGAGUCGUUCUCGUACCUCUCGCCGGUGUACGGGCCGGACGAGGUGGCGCUGCUGCUGCUGGAGGCCGAGACGUCUUCCUCGUGGUCCGACCUCACCUACACGAAGUUCGCCAUCUCCUAACACGUGUCUUCGGAAACGCAGUGGAGUCGCUCGCUCGGCCCCUCUGGCGGAGGCUGACGUUCUGAAGCUGAGUUCGAUGCUUUUCCUUGGGACGCUUCUGCUGCAGAGGCUGAAGAAGUGGCAUAGUGAGAAAUUCUGAUAAAAGAUUUUACGGUGAAUGAUAACAGAAGUAAUCAAAGUUCGAUUAAUGUGAUGUGUGUGUGAAAUUACCCUUUUACCUUGAAAAAAUUAUAUAAAGUAAAAGGAAAAUAUCAUUUAUCAGGAUUUCUUUGAUAUCUCACUUCUUCGGAUUCCCAGAAAAAAAAUCUACAGUAAACAAUGAUUCUUCGUUACGUACUAAUUACAAGCAUUAAAUAUGAAUACGAAAUACAAGGAUCAGAUAUGACUAUUAGCGUGAAAGAACUAUAAAAGAAUAGAGAGAUUUAAAGUGAAAGAAUAUAGAAGAAAAAAAAACUUUGUAGCCUUAAAUUUGUACAGCACUGUACAGCGUUAAGAAACUAUAUGAAUGUGUUUUAAGUCUAAUAGCUAUGUUUUAAGUGUCCGAACAGUAAUCACCUACAGAGACGAGGUAAAUUGACCCUCUUACACUUUCCUCAAGGAAUUUUUACUGCCUUCAUCAUCAGUUGGGAAGAUUUACGAAGUGUCUUCCAACACCAGCGUUCAAAAUAUGAACAGCGAACGUCUCAUUGCUGAAGCGUGGAAACCAUCAUCAAGCAGUGAUGGGGAAGAAGAUGCAAUAUAGUUUAUUAGUGGCGAUGAGGAUGGUAAAAUUAUACUCCAAUUCUUUUUUUUUUUUUUUCUUCUUUUUUAUAGUGAUGAAGAUGCACUUGACAUAUUUGUGAUGACACACGACAGGUCGAUAUUAUGCUAAUUACAGUCCUUUUGAUAACUGACCUGUGGAUGAUGAUAAUCAUUUGAAAUAUAUUUCUGAAUCAUUUGAAAUAUAAUUUUAUUCAUUCGUGUUAAAUUAAUUCAGUUGUCACUAUCGUCUCAAGUGCAUAUUCACCUGGAUAGCGAAACUAGUAAUAAAGAUGGAAAAUAUAUAUAAAGAAAGAUAGCGGAACAUACUUCACCUUUCAUGAGUUAGUAGUGAAGAUGAAGGUUUUGCAAAAUAUCCCCUGACAUAGAUUUUUUUCUUUUUUUUUAAUCAUAGCGGAGACAAAAAAGGUUUUUGUUUUAUAUUCAUUUCAUUCCGACACUUCGUCAGACUCAUGUCAAGAUGAGAUCAUUUUUCUAGUCAACGCCCCUGUGCCAUAUGUAGAUUUCCUUUGUUCAUUUGAUUUUAAGAUUAUUCUAUUUCAUUUUUUGUAUAUACAUGGUUGCAAUAUCAUCUGAUUUAAACAUUCAGUUUGUUUUGGAAAAGGAAAAAAAAAUACAUAGCUUUUUAUAGGAUGAUGUUGAACAUCUAACUGAUAUCAAUAAAUCGA